CAGCUUGAAGUUCAAGAUGGGAAAUUACCGAACAAAAAUGCGUAGGCUGGGUCACUGUGACGUCACAGUGAAUGGUGGUAAAAAUGGAAGGCACUCUCCAUGUGGAGACCCACCUAACAAGAGAAUCAAAAAGCUAAAAAGAGGAGAAAUCAAUUACUUACCAGAUUAUCCAGAUGGACAGGAUGACUCCACCCUUGAAGAUGCUCGACAGACCAUGGUGGAUGAAAUGAAAAAGAAAACCCUAAAUGGAGCCCUCAUCAAGCAGAAGAUGGAUCUGACAUUUGAACGCUGGCCUGCUCUCUUUACUGAACAACAGGUGUGUCUGGAGUUCAGCAGGGUGGUUGGUAAGAGUCUGAAACAGGAGUUCUACAAGGCCCUUGACCAUCAUAGUCCCAGGCUCAUGGAAAUCUUCAAAACAAAGAGGGGCCUCACAGGGCAGGUGUUGGCUGACCUGAUGCAACAAACGAAGACUUUGAAUGUGACAGAAAUCAGAUGCCUUGUCCUCAGUGGGCUUCCUGUAAUUCUCGGCGAUGAUCCUUCCACCUUCUUCAAGGCCUGCGUUGACGUUGAUGAUAAGGGUUUAUACAAUGAUGUCCCCAUGGGGAUCCUCUACCAUGAACAGGAAUACAUCACUCCACAAAAGCAGUCCCUUCACCACAACGCAUCCUCGGUGGGAAUCAUCUUGGAGGGAAAAAUUGUGAUGGAUGCUGAGAGCCUUCCCCAGGCCAUGUACAUUGUCUUUGGACUUACCUAUGCACUCCAUCUCAACUACCCGAAGUACAUGAAGAACAGUUUUGAUUUUUUUCAACAGGUACUUCUGAAAUUGGGUAAGACAGAUCUGAAACCUAAACUUCAAACACUUAAGAAUCAGCUUGCAAUGUAAGAUCCAGGAUCUCUUCUCCACAAGUUUUUACAUGUGAGGUUUUUUUUUUUAUCAAUUGGCAAUAAAAUUAUUUAUUUUCAAUUGGCCGUAAAAGAAGAAAAAGGAAAUAAUAAAUCUGGCCAUUUGUGAAU